CUCGUUUUUUGGUGUGUUUUCGUUUGAUUGGUCUUCUUGGUUCUCUAUGCUUAAAAUUGGGGAAAUUUGCAGAGGUUGAUAAUGAUGUAUUAUUAUACUUAUAUUGGAAGUAUAACAGUGAAAUACCAUAA